AUGUCAGAAUAAGAAUCAUAUAAAGAUUAAUUCCUUUAGACAGCUAGCAAUUUAAGAUAAACCUAAGAAUUAGAAUAGCUACGUGCAUCUUAGCAAGCAAAUGCUAACUAGUUCUAAGUUUCUUAACAAAGAUCUCAUAUUGGAGCCCUAACUAAAAUCACUAACACAAAUGAUAUUUGGUCAUCUAAUUAAUACUCAGAUGAUGUUUGGAGAAAGAAAAUGCAAACUUCAUUCUACAACAAAGAGCAUAAUGAAAAGUAAUUUGAAUACAACACUUUGUUAAAUCCAGAAAUUGGUCGUAAAGAUAAUUAUAUGAGAGUUACUAGAAUAUCUGAGUAUUCAAAUGCUCUUCACAAUAAUAGAGUAUUUAUCAAUCCUAAAUUCACAAGUUGCUGA